AUAAUCUUUGGCUGUAUUUGCAGCAGCACCUAGUAUUUUGUGAGAAGAAGCAAGCGGAGAGGGAGAUUUGAGAGUCCGUAAUAUUCCAUUUUUGUUACCUGAACCACCCCCUCCCUCCCUCCCUCUCACUUUUCUCUCUCUCUGUGUUGUUGCCCUCGACAAGCGUCUUUUUCUCUUCUUCUGGAGAUAAUCCCGGAGAUUUUCCGGGAAAGUUCGGGCUCAUACCAACAGAAACCACGUUAUUUGUUUCUGUAGGUUAUUGAAUUCCCCGAGUUAAAUCAUGGCGAAGAAACCCGGGUCCUUGGAAUACUGGAGGAAUUACUUUCGGACUGCGAAUUCUGACAUUUUCGACAUAAUCGACCAUGCGAUCAUGGUGGCGUCUUCGGAUUGCCCCAAGGAGUUCAGGUUGCGGAGAGAUCGAAUCGCCGAGAGGCUUUUCUCGUGCAGAUUGACGCGGUGUUCGGGUUGCGACCGGGUCGAGUUGGCGGUGCCCGGUAGUGAAGAAGAAAAGGAAGAUGAUGAUGAUGGAAAUUGUAAGAAUAGCGGGUUUGGUAGAGAUGGGUGUGCUUUUGAGGCUGGGGCUAGCAAGGAGAGCAAGGUGAAUAGCAGUAGAGAUGAUCAAGGAGAGAUGAACAUGAACCAGGUUAGCACUUACAGCUAUGGAGAAGCUGAGGCAUUGACUGAUGAGAUCGAGGAAGAGUCUCGGAUUGUUGGUGAGGUCUUGAGGAUCAAAGAGAUUCUUUAUAGCAGUGAAGAAGAGUCUGAUUCAAUCUUGUUUGAAUCGUUGAGGAGGCUUCAGUUGAUGGCUCUGACCAUGGAUACUCUGAAGGCAACUGAGAUAGGAAAGGCUGUCAAUAGGCUUCGGAAGCAUGCAUCAAAGCAGAUUCGUCACCUUGCACGGACUCUUAUCGAUGGUUGGAAAGACAUGGUAGAUGAAUGGGUCAGUGCUACAGCUCCAGCUGUCGAGGGUAUUGGAGCUGUGUCGGGUUCGGGAGGUACCCCGGAUUCUGUAAAUCCGUCUGUUGUCGACGAAUAUGAGGGUCUUCCAUCUCCUCCUCUGGAUGGACUUUUCUUUGCUACUCAACCCACUUCAAUAGAGCUCUCACAGUUCUUUGAUGGCAUGGAUGAUGAUGGAAAUCCUCGAAACAGUGGGGAAUUCAGCAAGAAUCGUGAUUAUGGAAGAAAACCAAUGCAAGAGUGUCAAAAUAAUACAAAGCGGAAACAGCAGACACCCAAUGUAGCAAAUGUGCUGGCCAAGGACAACAAGAGUCAUCAAGUGAAGAAACAGGAAGUCGUCCUGAAGCCAAAUAAGCCUUCAAACACUGAUUAUGGGCCUGGAAGACCUCCCAAAAUAAGUACAGAGCAAAUGGUCAGUGAUGAGACAAAGUCCAAGCUAAAAUCUGAUAAGGUUACUAUCCAGAAGAGGCCAGUGACUGGUCAGCAGGAUAAAUUCAAGUGUUCAGAUGAGGUUGCAGUCCAAGUGAAACUUGAAGCUACAAAGAGGAAACUUCAGGAGCGUUAUCAACAAGCUGAGAAUGCUAAGAGGCAGCGGACGAUACAGGUUAUGGAGUUGCAUGAUCUACCUAAGCAGGGGCUUGGCCAUAGAAAUCCACAUGUAAAGCCCGGGAACCAAAACCGGCAUUGGUCACAUGGACGACGCUAGGGGUUAUAUUUUAAUCCCAAAAGCAACUAGGCCAUUCACGUUUCUUCCAUGAUGAAGUUGGUGGGAAGAACCCUAACAACUCAUGCAAAUUCUGGCUUGACCUACCUGAGCAUCAACAAUGACAAAUUCAUUCCCCAUUGCUGCUGGAGGGCCCAAGUCUGAUUUGGAGGGAAAUCAACGGUUGAAAACUUCUUUUUUGCUAAAUUGAAUAGAUUAAGGUAUAUAGACUUCUGUCAAAGGACAAGGAGGCGGUUAUAGCUUAUGACUCUGAACUGAGUCCUGAGAUGAAUGUAUGUAGAGAACCUUGAUCUGCACUUGUUUAUUUACACCAUGGGUUGUUUUAGCUAGUUUGCACAGAAUAAGUGCAUUUUCAUAAGCUCUUUCCUGUAUGUAAACUUUUGGGGGAAUUUAUAGAUAAAGAGGGUGAAUGUUCAUGCAGAUUGCACAAAUUUUAUGUUU